AUGGGUAGCCAAUCAAAUAAGAAAGAGAGGCGAGACAGGUUUCGCGAAAAAAGAGGUCAAGAUGGCGUUGUCCUGUUGCCCAGAAAAAAGCUUUAUCGCCAGAGAGCACAUGCAAACCCUUUCUCAGACCACCUAUUAGAGUACCCGAUUUCUCCCGAGCACAUGGACUGGUCAUCAUAUUAUCCUGCUUAUGUAGACGAGGAAGCGCCGAAAGAGGAUUCUAUGCCUCCAAGGAUGAAGCAGGAUGUUGAGAUUGUCGACAUAGGAUGUGGCUUUGGAGGCCUGCUCGUCGGCCUUGCUCCUAUUUUUCCAGAAAAGCUCAUUCUUGGCUUAGAGAUCCGCACUACAGUAACACAGUUUGUCCAGGAAAAGAUAUGGGCUCUGCGGGCACAAAGCUCCGGGGCACUUUACCAGAACGCAGCUUGCAUCCGUGCAAAUACCAUGAAGUUUCUGCCCAACUUUUUCAAGAAGAGCCAGCUGAGCAAAAUCUUUAUAUGCUUCCCCGAUCCACACUUCAAGACAAAAAAGCACAAGGCGCGAAUUGUCUCAGUAACUCUCAAUUCUGAGUACGCUUACGCACUGCGCCCCGGCGGCAUUGUCUACACAAUCACUGAUGUCGAGGCUCUACACGAGUGGAUGGUGGAACAUCUCAACGCUCACCCUUCGUUCGAGCGGGUUAGCAAGGAGGAGGAAGAGAAUGAUGAGUGCGUCAAGAUUAUGCUGAAUGAAACGGAGGAGGGCAAGAAAGUGGAGCGAAACAAGGGACAGAAGUUCGUAGCCUUGUUCCGCCGCAUUGAAGAUCCUCCCUACUGCUGCUACUACGACGCUAUAUGUGCUACUGUGCCCUCGCUCACCGUGUCUUUCAACAAUGAUGCCCAGCAGGCGACUAUGGCCCUGAAGCGAAGAGAUGCAGUGCUUGCUGGAGUGGCCUACUUCGUUGCCUGGGGCUAUGCCGUGAGCUGCUUCUCGACGCUGCGCUGGGUUGGCUAUGCCUUCGUGGGCGGUAUCGUCAUCACUGUCGUCUCACUCAUCGCCGCUCUGGUCUUGGCCACGCAGAACCCUCACGAUGGCGAUCGAAAGGCGCUGCCGACGAGAGUGGCAUUUCUCAGCUCGCGGAGAUGGCGCACCGAGGCGGAAGCACUGCGGAAACGACAGGUCUACAACAAGGAGCCCUUUGACGCCAGCGCCCCCCAAGCAUCUCAAGCUCUCGAUGAGCUUCUCAACCUGAUUCUCCGCGAUUUCGUACGCUCGUGGUAUUCUCACAUCAGCAGUAAUCCGACAUUCGAAAACGAGGUGGACAAGGCCAUCCGACAAGCACUCCUAAGCCUGGUUGAUUCACUCCGCAACAAAGACUUUGCUGACCUCGUUACGAGCCGUUUCGUGCCCAUGUUGACUGCUCAUUUUCAUGAUUUUUACGAAGCCGAGAAAUCAGUGCGAGGAAGAAAGCUAAACCGCUCUGUUACGGAGUCUGAAGAGCUGGACCUUGCAAUUGCGUCCAAAUUCAGGGACGGCCGACUACACCCAGCUGCUUCCUUGUCUUUUCCCGACACCAAGAUGGUUCAACAAGAUUAUUUACGAUCAUUAGUGGGACGGCUUUUGACCAAGAUUCUUCCCAAAAAGAUGCUGUCUAGUCGAGCCGUUUCCAUCAUCGUGAGAGAGAUUGUAGGAUGCGCAGUCUUGUUUCCCGUCGUUCAGCUACUCGGCGAUCCUGAUACGUGGAAUCAGCUGAUAGAGAACUUUGGUCGCUCAACGCUUCAAGAUAGGUCCACUGUUCGCAAGCUCAGAGCCGCCCUGGAUCAGCAUGCCUCUCCUACGCCAAGAUCUAGUAAGCUAACCAUGGCGCCGCGGCUGGCCCCGGCAGAUAAUGAGCGCAAGUUCGAAAAGUUCAUUCGGGCCAUCCGCAGGGUCAAUAACUUGUCUGACGCACGGCGAUUCCGCAGCGAAGUUGCCAGCCAGCUCAAACGUGAUUCUUUGCAGGAGAACCAGGAUCCAGUCUAUCUGCGUCGAUUGGAAAUGGGAAAGCGGCUUCUCGAAGAGAGGGUACACCACCUGGCUGCGGGAGGGAACCGUCAUUCGCCUCUGCCAACCGCCCCUGCACCACCCAGCUCUACUUCGAAGCUGGAGAAUGCAUCCCUCGUAGAGCUGUUGCGAGAUCCGGCAGGUUUAUCAUAUUUUAUGGAAUACAUGGACCGCCAGCGUUUGAUGCCUUUGGUUCAGUUCUGGUUAGUUGUUGAUGGUUUUCGAAACCCCUUGGAGGAUGACGGCCAGGACGAUGAACUUCCGUCUACAUUGCCUAUGUGGACAGACUCGGACCGCCUCGACUUGUUACAGAUUCAUCAAUCAUACCUAUCCAAGCCGGAACUCGACGUACCGGACGGGUCCAAAAAGGCUGUCAAGGAGUUUCUUCAGGCGGGAAUAUCUGCUACGCCUGCUCAAUAUUUCAAAGCCAGAAGAGCAAUCUUGAAAGCUCAAAGUGGGGUAUUGGAGACUAUGAGCUCUCGGUAUUUUGAUGGAUUCAGAAAAUCGGAUCUGUAUUACAAGUGCGUUGCAUCACAAGAGAUGUCCCGUGCCACUGUGCAGCCUCCGCCGCCAUCCCACCAAGGUCCUUCCAUGUCAAGCCGGACCCAGUCAUAUCAGUCUAUUAAAACAAAGCCCAUGGCGCGAUUUGCUCCAUUGGCUGCCGGGCCAUCUAGGCGACUUUCUGGUUCGAUUUCUGAUCUCCGAUCUGCGAAUACUAAUGGUAACGGCUCGGAUCCAUUGACCUCUCCACGGAGGUCACUCGACGAUGGCCGGACGACGAACCCCCUCUUUGACGACGAUGACUUGGAUAUUGGAAUGAUGGACUCGGUACAGAGCUUGGAUCAGGACUUGUCACGGCAGCAAACACCUGACAAGCAAGUUGUGCAGGCUGUUGAGCAGGCUUUGACAAAUAUUUUGGAAGACGACAGACCGCAGACUGCUGAAGAUCUGCGAGCCUCGUUGUUUGAUAAUGAAGAUAACAUGUCGAGCUUGUUUUCUAAUGAUGUUGACUCUAAUCGAGGUUCAUUUGACGCUGGGAAGCCUCCGCUGCCGGCAAAAGAGGCUGGUAAGCCCACUCUGUCGUCACUGGGGCUUGUCAGUGCCGCAUCUCGAAUCGGCGUAUUCGUAGACGAUGACCUUUUUGGAGACGAUCAUAAAUAUUUGUCAGAUGAUGGCGGCGAUGUGGACGAGGAAGCGCAGUCGGAUGAAGAAGAUGAAAUCCACGAAGCCGCCCCGGGAGAUUUGGGGCUGGCAGAAGCCAUCACAGCGCUGACAAACGAUAUCGAUCGCUUAGUAGCGCAAGAUGCAGUUAUAGACUCUUUGACAAAGAAGGCAGAGCUCACCAACAACGCAGCAGAGCUGCGGAUUCUGAAAAAAUCCAGGACAAGCCUACAGAGAGAGAUUAGGCGCAAGGAGCUCCAGCGACAGCAGUACGUGAUACAGGAAAGCGACAAUAGUCUCUACGGACGGUCUGAGAUCAAGAUCAAGUCCAUCCAAGUGGGGCGAGAAGAUGAUGGUCGAGAAUUUGCUUUGUACGUCAUCGAGGUUCAUCGGGAUGCAGGCGAGCAGAUGCCGGCGUCGUCCUGGGCCAUGAUGAGAAGAUAUAGUGAAUUCCACGAGCUACACCAGAAGCUGCGGUCAAGGUAUCCUUCAGUACGACACUUGGAUUUUCCCAGACGCCGCGUCGUGAUGAAGUUCCAGAGCGAUUUUCUUCGUAAAAGGCGGACAGCCUUGGAGAAAUACCUACGUGAGCUCCUACUUCUACCUGAGGUGUGUCGCAGUCGCGAACUACGAGCUUUUCUAUCGCAAAGUGCUAUAACGUCUGGCGAGGACGCGAUGGACCGAGAGAACAAGAAGGAUAUGAUGACUCGCUUGUAUGAUUCGGUCGCUGAUGGCAUGGAAGACAUCCUGGGCAAUAUCCCAGUACUACCUCAGCUGUCGGUUGCGGGGCAGAACAUCAUUUCGGCGGCAACGAACCAGCUCAAUACGAUGCCGCUCAACGUUAGUGAAGAAAAUUUCCCUGCUGCAGAGGCAGAGGCAGAGCUAGAUGCGUUUGAGAACAAGGAGCUGGAGCCGUUCAUCAAGCCUAUUUGCGAUAUAUUUCUCGAAGUCUUUGAGCUCAACAAAGGGAACAACUGGCUGCGAGGGAGAGCAGUUGUGGUGGUAUUACAGCAAUUACUUGGCGGGACAAUCGAAAAGAGGGUACGUGAAAACAUCAAAAUGGCAGUACAGGAGGAAUCGCUCCUACGAUAUAUGGGCAUGCUGCGAAGCGCACUAUGGCCAGAGGGAGAGCAGCCUCGGGAUCGAAAACCACGCACCACGGCAGAAAAGAAGAAGACACGAACAGAAGCCAGCCUGAUGCUGGCGACCCUGGUACCGGACCUAGCGGGAAAUGUUGUAGGACGGGUCAAUGCUCAGGCGGCAAGCCGACGCCUCUUUGCAACGUUUAAUAACUCUAGGCUCAAGUAGG